AUGGCGUUUGCUUCUCGUGCGUUCUUCCUCCUUUGUGGGAUCAUUGGACUGACUGGAGUUGUAAGUCCAAAUCUCACUUCAUCGAGUCUUUCAUUGAUCGCUGUCUUCAUCAUUGUCAACCAUCUCUUCUUGUCCUCUCCACAGUGGUCUUUGCCUGUCCAGGACGACACAGAUGAAUGUUGUCCUAAGGGCUGGACUCAGUUGGAUAAACGUUGUUUCAUCUACCAGAAGAACGCCAGGACCUUUAUAGAUGCAGAGAGCAUCUGCAACCUUCUUGGUGGGAAUCUGGCCUCCAUCCUAAGCGCUCUGGAAUAUGCGACCGUGUUGCAAGUGAUUAAGUUAAAGGAAGAUCCCAUUGAUGACACCUGGAUCGGACUCCAUGAGGCGCUAGAGGCGGACACCUUUCUCUGGACUGACGGUUCAGACUUUGAUUUCAGUGCCUUUAACACGGACAAUGACGCUGGAGAUUGUGUUGAGAUUGAAUCCUCGGAUGAACUCUGGGAUAAUGAAACCUGUGAUUCUGACAACCCCUUCGUUUGUGCCAGAGACUCGAAGUGCAAACACUGA